AUGGACUUCAUAAAGGACUUCAAUAUCCAGCUGAGCAUGGGUGAGGAGAACACACUCCUUGGGAACCUAUCCAUGGAACCAUCGCUACUACGUCAGAUCAUUGAAACACAAGAACAGGACGAGGAACUACAGAAAUGUUAUUUGAAAGCCCAAGAGAACAACGACCCUCGAUGGGACGUGGGUUCGGACGGCGGAAUCAGAUGUCGCAAUAGGAUAUGCAUACCAAACAAACUAGACAUAAAACAAGCGGUACUAAAUGAAGCUCACCGAUCCAAACUAACCAUCCACCCCGGGAGAACCAAGAUAUAUCAGGAUGUGAAACGCCACUACUGGUGGAACAACAUGAAACGGGAAAUAGCUGCGUACGUGGCCAAAUGCCUCACCUGCUAA